CGGAAGCGGGCCGCAUCGACCCUUUCCCGUCCUGGGCGAAGGAGUUCCGCCUCCUUCUGCAGAGAGGAGAGCGGGGAGCGGCUCUCUCCUGGCGAGCAGUCCUUUGCCCUCGCCCUGUCUCCAGAGAUAUAUUCAUCCACUAUUUUGCCAUCUUCUUCCUCCACCCCUUCUUUGGUCUUGCCUUUUCGUGGCUCUUACGCCAAUAAUUCCUGCGGGACGUCCGAGUACUGCUUUGCCUUUGUGGAAAGACGCAAUGAUGAUGCUUGCUUCACCUGCUGGACUACUGACUGCUUUACUGUUUCUGCAGAAGGCAGAGUUCAACUGCUGAAGGGACGAAGGUGUUGUUAGGGGAGGGGGAAGGAGCGUUUUCGUUUUGUUUUGUUUUUCCUGAGUGAAUAUAUGAAAAAAAGUAGCUAACUUCCAGAGUUUCUGGUGGUAGUGGUGGCGGCCGAUGUCGUUAUCGUCAUUGUCGUAGUCUUUGUUGUUAUCUUACUAAAGAGUUUUCUUGGGAGAGGCGAAGUCCAGUGUGAUGCUAUGACAGCAAGUCCAGACAAGUAACUGUAGCAGGUAGAUUAUAAAGAUCACAUUUUCUUCGGUGACUUGUGUGAAGAGAUUCUACACCUGAUGAUUCUUCCAAGUUCCAGAAAAGACUUAACCCCAGCUACUUACUUGUUGGAUAUGUAUCCAUUGAUAUGGAAAUGAAAACUUGCUACAAAUGGAAACAUGUACGUGAAAGGAACUGCUUGAAAUAGGAACUCCCUCGGAUUGCGAAAUGGGCGUACUUUGUUCAGUUAUCCGGUUUGAAAAUCUCCAUGAACUGAAAAGAUUGUGCCACUGGGGCCCUAUCAUAGCUCUCAGUGUAAUUGCAAUAUGUUCCACAAUGGCUAUAAUUGAUGCUGUUUUGUGGUACUGGCCUUUGGACACGACUGGAGGAAGUAUUAAUUUCAUCAUGCUCAUCAACUGGACCGUUAUGAUCCUUUACAAUUACUUCAAUGCCAUGUUUGGUGGACCUGGAUUUGUCCCCAUUGGAUGGAAACCAGAAAACUCUCAGGACUGCAUGUAUCUUCAGUACUGUAAAAUAUGCAGGUCUUACAAGGCUCCACGCUCUCACCACUGCCGAAAAUGUAACAGGUGUGUGAUGAAGAUGGACCAUCACUGUCCUUGGAUCAAUAACUGCUGUGGGUUUCAGAAUCAUGCCUCCUUCACUCUCUUUCUUCUGCUAGCCCCGCUUGGAUGUAUCCAUGCUGCUUUCAUUUUUGUCAUGACCAUGUACACUCAGCUUUACAACAGGGUAUCUUUUGGCUGGAGUUCUGUAAAGAUAGAUAUGAGUGCAGCAAGACGAGACCCCCGCCCAAUCAUUCCUUUUGGCUUGUCUGCAUUUGCUGCAUCUUUAUUUGCCUUGGGAUUGGCACUGGGAACAACAAUAGCAGUUGGCAUGUUGUUUGUUAUCCAGCUGAAAGUCAUUUUAAGAAAUAAAACAUCAAUAGAAUCAUGGAUUGAAGAAAAGGCCAAAGAUCGGAUCCAAUAUUAUGAAACAAAUGAAACCUUCAUUUUUCCUUAUGACCUGGGAAGUAAGUGGCGUAACUUCAAGCAAGUGUUCACCUGGUCUGGAAACCCAGAGGGAGAUGGCUUGGAGUGGCCUUUGAGGGAAGGCUGCCAUCAGUACAGUUUGACGAUAGAGCAAUUGAAACAAAAGGCUGACAAGAGAGUGAGAAGCGUGCGGUACCAAGCAAUAGAAGACUAUAGUGGCGCCUGCUGCCCUGUUACUAAAGGCUUGAGGACUUUAUUCACAACUCCUUGCUCUGAAGAACCUAGAAUUGUACUUCAUAAAGGAGAUCAGAUUUUGGCCACCAGAGGAUUGAAGCACUGGAUGUAUGGAGAUAAAAUUAUCGAAUCGGCAGCUGAUGAUGGGAACAGAAUUAGAGGCUGGUUCCCAAGGAGGUGUGUGGAGAAAUGCCUCUAUGAUUCUGAAACAAACCAGUCAUUGGAUGGAGAAAAAAAGACAAGAUAGCCUUUUCUCUUCCUUUGCUUUAGUAAAUGGAAAUGAUUCUGUUGGACUACUGUCCUUCUACUUGAAAAGUUCUGUAUAUUACUGUAGACUUACACAUUGAGCAAAGAGUGUUUUAUUGUGUUAGCCUGGAUGGGUGCCCCAGUGCCAUAACUUUAAAUACUUUUUCCCAUUCUUAAAAUGGAGGAAGCCAUUCCAUCAAUGCCUUUUGAUAUUAAACCUUCAUAAUUUAAAAAAAAAUGUUACCUUCCUUGAUUUCUAAUAUUGUUCAUUUGAAAAUAUUUGUAUGUUUAAGUAAUCUACUUUUCUGAUCUGUUAUUGCUACAUUCCUCAAUUUGUCCUUUCACCCUUAGCUCAGAAGCUGUAAGAGACUUUGGAAUGAAUGCAGAUACAGAUUUGCAUUCCUGGGAUUUGAAAUACCUGGUAUAUCAAAUGUAUAUCAAAUAUGUUUUGAUACCUGGGAUUAUUAUUUUAAAUCAUGUGAUUUUUUUGUUGAGAGUUACAAAUAAAUAACCAAAUGUAUUAUGUGCAUAUUCUAUGGUAUAUUUCUAAAGAGGCACAAACUGCUGAAUUGCUAAAGACUACAGUAAAGUUUUAUGGGAAGAAA